UUUAAACUGUCGCGAGAGUGGGUUGGCCGGACGCCGGAAGUAGCUCGUCGCUCUUUAGCUGCCGAGGGGGCGGGCUCGCGGGCUUCGAGAGUCUAAGCUGCUCUCGGUUUGCUCGACGGCGCAAGAUGGCGGACAUCUCACUGGACGAGCUCAUCCGCAAACGCGGAGUGGCGACGAAGGGGCGGCUCAGCACCAGGCCGGGCCUGGGCGGCGUCCGCUCCCGUGUCGGGGUGCAGCCCAGCCUCCUCAGCCCGCCCACCCGCACUGCCACCUUCCAGCAGCGGUUCGACGCCCGGCAGAAGAUCGGCCUGGCAGAUGCCCGCCUCAAGCUGGGAGUCAAGGACGCCCGGGAGAAGCUCUUGCAGAAAGAUGCCCGGUUCCGGAUCAAAGGGAAAGUACAGGACGCCAGGGAGAUGCUGAACUCCCGCAAGCAGCAGAGCGCGGUGGCACAGAGGCCCCGGCAGGUGGCUGACGCCCGCGAGAAGAUCAGCCUGAAGAGGAGCACGCCUGCCGCCUACCCGAGCCUGCCUGUGGGGACUGUGACCCCCGCCCUGAAGCUCACCAAGACCAUCCAGGUUCCACAGCAGAAGGCCCCAGUGGCCCUACACGCCCAUCCUGCUGGAAUGAGGAUCAACGUGGUCAACAACCACCAGGCCAAACAGAACUUACACGACCUGGACGAGGAGGAGGAGGAGGUGGCGGCGCACGUCCCUACCAAGCAGAUGAAGUUCGCAGCCUCCGGCAGCUUCCUGCACCAUGUGACCGGGCUGAGCAGUUCCAAGGCCCUCCCUCUCACCAAAGUGGUCCAGAACGAUGCCUACACCGCUCCUGCGCUCCCCGCCUCCGUGCGGACAAAAGCCUUGACCCACGUGUCCCGGACGCUGGUGAACAAGGAGGAGCCCCCCAAGGAGCUGCCACCGGCUGAGCCUGUCCUCAGCCCCUUGGAAGGCACCAAGAUGACUGUGAACAACCUGCACCCGCGGGUCACCGAGGAGGACAUUGUCGAGCUUUUCUGUGUGUGCGGAGCCCUCAAGAGAGCCCGUCUGGUCCAUCCUGGGGUGGCCGAGGUGGUCUUCGUGAAGAAGGAUGACGCCAUCACUGCAUAUAAGAAGUACAACAACCGCUGUCUGGACGGGCAGCCCAUGAAGUGCAACCUUCACAUGAACGGGAACGUGAUCACCUCGGACCAGCCCAUCCUGCUGCGACUAAGCGACAGCCCCCUGGUGAAGAAGGACAGUGAGCUGCCUCGGAGGCUGCCCUCCGCCGCCUCUGCCAACCCGCCCGCCGAGGUGGACCCGGACACCAUCCUGAAGGCGCUGUUCAAGUCCUCGGGGGCCUCCGUGACCACACAGCCCACAGAAUUCAAAAUCAAACUCUGAGCGGCAGCGAGGCGCGGAGGGGCAGAGUGGGGCAGCCCCAUUCCAGGCUGAGCUGGUGACCAGCGGUCAUUGAACUGCAGCCCCUAGCGGGGGAAGGUCGCUGGGGUCAGGCCUCCUCGCCAGAUGGGACCCACCCCUCUGUGUUGUGUCCCCCUGUGUUAUCUGCGUGUCCACAUUUCCUGUAGUAUGUCCUCCCUCCUCCACCUGUCUCCUGGGCAGGUUGUGUUUCGAGGUGUCCCCCGCCCUGCCCCCAGCCGGUUGCUGACCUGGAGGCGGUGCACUCAGUGGUCCGGGGCGGCACUGUGUGAGACGCCACCUCUCAGGCCUGGAGCUGUGCGUGUGGGAGCCAGAGUGGCUCAGGGGCAGUGCCUCGAGCCCAGUGCCCACCUGCCUGGUGGCGACGGCCUCACAAGGUCACAGCCUUGUCCUUUCGCACAGUGGCCCCUGCCCUCAGCCGGGCAGCCUGGCCUAUCACAGUUCUGCCUUGCCUUCUGUGGCUCUGGGCCAUCCGAUCAGGCCCUGCUGCUUCGUUCGUGGCAGUGCCUUUCCGGCCCUGGGCCCCAGCAGCACGACUGGGAGUGGGAGUGACCCCUCUGUUGGGCAACAAGAAGCUUCCCUGUAUGGGGAACAGGCCAUGCCCUAGGCCCGCAGCACCUGUGUCAGUCCCCUAGUGGGGGCUGCAGGCUGGUGGGGCUGUGGCCUCUUGGUAGGAGCAAGUCUGGGGAUCUUGUAGAAGUAGCAGUGUGUGCAGGAGGGGGGUCGGUCCAGAACUUGGGGAGCCUGCCCAAGGGCGUCGCGCCUGCUGGGCAGGGGUUCCUGUUUGCACCCAGUUUUGGUGCUAGGUUCUGAGGCCGUCCACACCUGCGAGUCCAGGAAAGGGGCCUGGUGGCUUCCCUUACCUUCCUGAACUCUGAGCUGCUGCUUCCCGCCCCAGCGUGACCGAUGCCUCUCUUGCAGCUGGAAGACAUUCCUCCCCCUCCAGCCCGGCCCUGGGCCCUGGCACCCGGCUUCUCCUAUAGGGGACAGUUGGCGCCUUCAGUCCGAGUAGGGGUGCACAUGCUCUCCUCUCCCCUUCCCAGCCAGCUGGCUCUGCUCACCGAGCUCCUGGCCACUCAGUCCACUGCAGGGAGGGCACUUUGACUGCCUGCCCUGCUUGGUGUCACCUUGGCAACUGGAGGGAAGCUGUGGGCAGUGCUGCGGCCUCACCUCCCCACAUCACUCAUCUGUGUUGUUCAGAAGGCGAGGAAGAGCAGGGGUGAAGGCGACUGUAUUACUUACUCAUUUCUGAAUAAACAUUUGUUAUUCCUA